AACACGUGAAUAGUGUAAAAUUCAAUAUGUUGCGAUUAAAAAGAAACGGAGGAUAGUAUAUGAUAAACCAUUAGGAAGGAGAAACUUCAAAACCUCAACUAAAUGGGAAAGUUCCCGAAAUAGGACUAAAACAACUUGAAAAUUCCAAAAUAGGACUGUCAUGUUUUUUAUUCCCAAAAUAGGAGUAAUUACUGUCAAGUUUGGAAAAUACUGUCAUGUUUGAAGUCUGGUAAUGCCAAAAAUGGCAGUAAUUAGUCCUAUUUUGGAAAUAAAAACAUGACAGUCCUAUUUUGAAAUUUUCAAACCUUUUUAGUCCUAUUUUGGAUAAAUUCUCCAACUAAAUAUAUCCCCAUUUCUAAAUUUUAAAUUUCCGUAAAAUCGGAAAUGGUCAUUACAAAAUUGUUCGGGAAAAAACCCUCCACUACACUACGAAUUUCAAAUUAAUUCACUGAUAUGGAUGAAUCAAACGAUCCCACACAUUGCAGAGCUCAAUCCCCUGCCCGCCCUUCCUUUGCAGACGUUCUGCAGAUGCGGCUUCACGUCCGACAACCGGACCGGUUUCAGGUAGAAAUCCUCGGCCCCUUCCGACAGGCAGCUGUGGAUCCGGGACGGAAUAUCCUCGGAGGAGACGAUGACGACGGGGAUGUGCUUGAAAGCAGAGCAGCCCUUGAUCUCCCUCAGCAGAUCGUAGCCGGUCAUUCCCGGCAUGCUGUAAUCGGAGAUGAUCAGAUCCGCCCCGACUUCGUUCAACACCCGGAGAGCCUUCGCCCCGGAAUCCACCACCGUCACUUUCACAUUGUCGCCGGAGCAGGCCUUCAGGAUCCUCUCGAUGAGUUUCCGGUCGACGAUGCUGUCGUCGACGGCGAGGACGUGGAAGUUUUGACACUCGCCUAUUGCCAUUGUUUGAUAUUUUAUCACUACUCGUAUAUUGAAUUAUUGAAUCAGGUAGAAUACUGGGUAAAACGUUUUUAGAUUUGGAUGGAGUUGUGAAGUAUUGAUGGCACUAUAUAUAAUG